CCUCUCUGGCCGCCGUCUCCCGGCUGUUUAGGCUCACAUUGCUCCUGCAGGCUCUGUGUGUGUAGUUGCAGUCGGUAAGAUGUUCCUACGCCGGGCGCUGAUCGCCGGGGGCUCGGCCGCCACCACCAUACUUAUUGCAGCCACAGCUAUUUCUAAAAGCAGGGAAGACAAGGCCGACCAUUGCUCCUGCAGCCUGCCAGCUGUUACCGGGCUGUGGGACAGUAACUGGGACCGGUGAGUCUGUCUGCACAACCCCCAUUACAACAGCGAUGGUAACCAGCACCUCCUUAUUAGUUUCUGUGUGUUCGAUAGAACGUUUGGGUGUGAGACCGUGUUCCAAUAGUGAAUAGCACACAUGGCUGUAACCUUAUAUUGGACACACUGGGCAGCUGUAUAAUAAUGGGUCCUUACACUCCCUGGGGAAUACCCUGCAAUGGCUGCAUGCUUUCAAUCUCAAUUGGUGAUGUUAUGGAGAAAUACAAUAUCAUUGUUAAUCUAGGGUAAUUACCUACAGUUACAAGAAAAUUACCCUGGCCUUCCUCUAGAUUGUAAGCUCAUCUCUAGACUGGUAGCUCGUUUGAGCAGGGUCCUCACCUACCUAUUGUCCAUGUAACAUCGUGUUAUUGUCUCAUUUGUUGUUAAAUUUCCUCCAUUUAUUAUAUUGUAAAGUGUUGGAGCUAUAUAAAUACUAAUAAUUUGAGCAGGGUCCUCCUCACCAACCUAUUGUUCCUGUAACAUUUUGUAAUUGGUACAUUUUCCUUUUUUAUAAUAUUGGAAAGCCCUGCGGAAACAGUUGGUGCUACAUAAAUACCAAUAAUAAUACUAAUAAAUGUCUGUAUUCAGGCCCUCAUUACACUAAGUAUUCAUGCUAUUCUUUAUUGUUAUACAGCAUCCACACAUCUCCUUAUUCACCCACCUUAUUGCCUGCUAAGAUUGGGGUGACUAGGCAGAGGGAUUUUAAACUAUUUGUGAAGGAGGUGUUGUAUAAGAUUGUAUAAUGUUUACUUCCUCAAUACUACAUUUUUCAUUAUAAAAUAGAUUUAAAUUUUUUUUUUUUACCAGAACAAUACAGUACAGUAAUUCAAUAAUAAUGUCUAAAAAAACAAACAAACCAUUGUGCUUACUUUUUAUGUGGUAGCUCUGGCACGUGUAUUGUUUGUCCCUUAUUUGCUCCAAAAUAUUCCUUUGUGACUUUUUGUUUUCCAAAUGCGUUUUCUAUUGAGAACGUUGGACAAAUAGAAAUGCAAAACGUACAUUGGGUAUCAAUGAGUAGCUUUGUGACAUUUUGUUUUUCUUUAACAAAUGUUUCCACUAUGGUCAGAUUGGAAGGUUUUCAACUGGUAAGAAGGUUUUUUAUAUUGUUUUUUGGUGAGUCUAUAAAAAAAAGUUCUUAAAGAAACACUAAAACAACUUUAGCUUUCUGAAGCAGGUUUUUUUUUUUUUUUUUAUAGAUCAUGCCUCUACAGUCUCACUGCUCAAUUCACUGCGUUCUACCUCCUCUGACGUCAUCCGAUAGGGGGGCCUAACCUGUCCUUCCAAAUAGGAAAACAUUGAAUCAAUGCUUUCCUAUGGGGAUUUUAUGGAUGCUGGAUGUUUAAGGGACUCAGACUUCAGUAAACUCCCAGAAAGCACAUCUAGAUACUGUCAGGUACAUUGCAUCUAGAACACUUCAAUGAGCUGUAGUGGUUUGGGUGCCUAUAGUGUCCCUUUAACUUACUCUAUAUGUUUUUAUCUUAUGCACUGUAAAUGGAACAUCUCCUGCAUGGUCUAACAAGCUAGUAACAGAGCAGGAAAUAAUAUCUGAAUUAAUCAGAAUUUGCAAUAAAGGGAGUAUAAACAUUAGGUGACUUUUCUCAGGAAGUGUUUGGGAAGGUUGUGUAAUUCACAUGCAGGGAGGAGUGGCUAGGGCUGCAUAACAAAGUGAUUUAACAGCUAAAUGGCAGCUAAAGCGCUAAAUGGCACAGUGUUGAGCAGUGAGACUGCAGGGGCAUGAUCUAUACACCAAAACGGCUUCAUUAAGCUAAAGUUGUUUUGGUGACAACAGGGUCCCUGUAAAACUGCAAAUGUGCCUCCCCCUCCGCAUAAUUACUAUUUAUUUAUUUUUUUAAUUUUUUUUUGCCCUCUUAAUUUUGUGAAAAUUCCAAUUUUUAAUAAAGUAUUUGGUUGUAAUUGUUUGAACUAUAAUGAGCAAAUCAGUGAUGGAAAAACAGUUGCCAAAAGGGAAUGAAAAGUUGAAGAGAUGGAUUAUUUUGGCGCACUACAGGAGACUGGGGACACUGGUACGUACCAAUGUAUAACAAGAGGAGUAACAGUUUUAUACAAAAAAAAAAUGAAGCAUGUGCACAUAGUGGGAAAGUGAACAUGACACUUUUUAUACUGUACAUAAUACCCAGUGUGCAGCUUAGAAUGGUGAUAUUGUUGUGAUGUCACUCCAAGCUGAAGGUGUAUCUGGGCAGUGGAAGAAGGGUACAGGUAUGUUGUAAAACCAGUACAAUAGAUGUGUAUGUAUGUAAAAAGUAACAGAUCAACAUAUAUUAAUUCUUAUGAAUUUCCAUAACACCCAUCACUUUUAUUUAAUUUCUAAUUGCAAUCUGUUUACUUUCUAUUCCUUGUGCAGUUAAAGAAAAGGAAGUUCUUUAGCAGCCAAUUUCUUAUGCACAAUCAGAAAGCAUAAAAAUGAUUCAUACAAUGUGUUGAUCUUAGAAGCUGUACACACAACUCUCAUUAUCAGAUUUCUGAGUGUAUGCAAUGUCAACAACCAAACUUUUGUUAUUCGUUAUAUCCAUCACGGAAUAUUGGAAAAUUGUGAUAUAGUUAUCCUUUCCACACUGAAAGACUAACCGCUAAAUUAAAGGGUCCAAGGUAUAUUUUUGACAUAUUGAUGUUACAUUGUUUUGUUUUUUAAAAAAAGCACAUUUGUGUAAAGCAAAAAAUGCUGUGAUGUAAUUUGCAAAACCCACCUCUCAUCUUAGUACUUUACUCUUUAUGCAUCCUGAAUAAUUCUGCUUUACUGAAUUGCUAUUAACCCUUUCAACACAGCUAAAAUGAAGACCUCCUGUGUAAACUGUAAUGAUUUUGGUGUGUCCUCUUUAAUUGCUUGACCCACAGUGAAAGGCAACAGCAUGUAAUUAUUUCUCUCCCCUCUCCCCCCUCCUUUUUUCAUAUAGGCGUGAGCCACGAUCACUCAUGAAUCUAAAUAAAAUCAAUGGAGAGACUGGGGAAGAGGAACUUCAGUUAAACAAGUAUAAGGCCAAAGCUACCAGGCACAUCUUCCUUAUCCGACACUCACAGUACAACUUAAAUGGCCGUUCAGAUUCCGAGCGGGUUCUCACUCCUCUGGGUAUGUGAUUAAUAGCCCAUUUGAUACAAUCGUGUCUGAGCACAUCUCCAAUAUAACCAGGCCAUAUUCUGGUUACUGUGUAAAUGUGCAGAUUUGUGGGGAAAGGUGUUGAGGGUUGUGGAUUGAUGCCUAGUUCCAGGUACUGUGCAGGCAGAAUUCAGUUUUUUUUUCUUUUGCCUCAUGUUUAACCCUUCAGGGGCGGAACUACUGUCAGUGCAGCCAACCCAUGGCCCACAGAUUUUUUUAAAUUUUUUUUUUUUUUUUUUUUAAUUUUUUUUUUUUUGAAGGGGGUAUUUAACCUGUCAGAUCAGCUAUUCCUCUGUAGGUAGCUGUGCUCGGAGUAAGUGACUAUACAUUAGUUUCUCAUGCUGCAGUCUCAUGGAAGAGUUGCCUCCUGGAUUGACCACCCUUAAAGGGACACUCCAGUGCCAGGAAAACAAUCUGUUUUCCUGGCACUGCAGAUCCCUUCUCCCUCCCACUUCCCAUCCCCAGUUGCUGAAGGGGUGAAAACCCUUUCAGUCAGUUACCUGAGACCCCUGCCGAUGUCCCGCACGCGCAUUAGAGCUCUCCAUUGGAAAGUAUUGAAAAUGCUUUCCUAUGGGGAACUGAGCGAAGCUGGAGGAAACCUGUGCUAUAGACACGGAAGUGCCCUCUAGUGACUGUCUAGUAGACAGCCACUAGAGGAGGAGUUAACCCUGCAAGGUAAUUAUUGCAGUUUAUAAAAAAACUACAAUAAUUACACUUGCAGGGUUAAGGGUAGUGGGAGUUGGCACCCAGACCACUCAAUGGGCAGAAGUGGUCUGGGUGCCUGGAGUGUCCCUUUAAUGCCCUCAUUUGAGCAUCUCUGUCAGAGGCCUGAUUAAGUGCCAUGGCCACUGGACUGUGCGUGUGUUAGUACAGCUGUUCCAAUGUGUGGUACUGUGCAGGCAUGCAUUACUUCAUCUUAUUGUGUACACAGCUGGGAAGGAUAUUAAGUGACUGAGAGAGCUUGGACCAACCUCGACCAUCUUCCACUGGGCCACAGCAUUCUUUAACCUGCUCCAGCAAGCUCCAACCUGUCCCAGUAAACACAAUGGACCACAAGGAUGUCACCCUUCAGUAUCCAAAAGAUAUGUAAACGGGGGUGGCUGGUAAUGUGUAUCUUUAUAUAAUUUCCCACAUUGACUCACAGCUCCACUACAUAAAUGCAUUAUCACAUUCAUAUACUGUGUGUAUGUAUGUACAGUCAUGGGAAAUGAAAGUGCACCCUCUUUGAGUUCUAUGGUUUUACAGAUUAGGACAUAACAAUCGUAUGAUAUGUCAAACAAUAGAAUCCAUGAGUGUGUACUUUCAUUUUCCCAUGACUUUGCAUGUGUGUGUUUUUGUAUAAUCUCUAAAAUAACGAGUAUUGCAGUAUUUUUUUAUAUAUUAAACUAACCAACCGAAUAUUUAGAAGACCAGCUUUCGAUUGCUUUCUUCUCUUUCUCAGGUUUUCAUAUUGAUCAGUAUUGCUUCUGACCUGAUGAAUAGAAGGAAAACACUCAGAAGCUUGUCUUUUAAAUAUUGUUAGCCCAAUUUAAAAAAAAAAAAAAAAAGGUGGUGGUGGGGUGGGGGGAGAUGUGUGUGUAUAGAUAUAAAGAGAGAGAGCACGAACCAAGGAGAACAAGACAAGAGAGAGAAAAUGGUAGGCCUCUGACAGACUGCACUAUGCUGCGUGUCACUAAUAAUUUAAAUAACUUUUACUGUACAGUUCAUAGCGAAAGCUCAGUUGCCCAUUCCCCACCAUUGUCUUUAAAAUUCUCCCAUCACUGUUGCUGAGACCUAAAACACUCAUGUGGUGGCUAGUUGAAAAGUUGUGAAGCUUCAAACUGCAGGACUGGGGCUGUGACUCUGAGGACUGAUCUGAUCCUGAUUUCAAUGUGUUUUAAUCUGUAAUGAUUGUUGAUUCUGUUACCAUGUCACCUACUUCUUGGCUCCAUAUUACCAUUGCAGAUUAAUUAUAUUCCCACCUUAAUAAGACUUCUAUCAGUAUCCUGCUGCUUUAACAUUGAUCUGAUAGCUAAUAGUGCGUCAGGAGUAACGGACAUAUUCCAAAGCAGCAGCAACACAUUUACUAGAAAACUAAAGUUGUCAUAAUAGAGGAUGGAUAAAUCUGAUCAGUAUUACAGUCAAUUUAUUUUGUCUGGAAAGUAGAUUAUUAUUAUUUUUUUUUUUAAAGUUUUUUUAUUUUUAUUUUAUUUAUUUAUUAAUUACAGUUUCCAUGCCCCUGAUUAUUUUAGUCUUGCAUUAAAAAAAAAAAAAAAUUAUCCCGAAGAAUCUUGAAAAUCUAGAAACCAUGCAGGUGAUAAAUUGCUUCUGAAUAUGGCCUGCAUAAACUAAACUCCAUUUUUUGGUAAGCUUAAAGGACCACUCUAGGCACCCAGACCACUUCAGCUUAAUGAAGUGGUCUGGGUGCCAGGUCCAGCUAGGGUUAACCCAUUUUUUCAUAAACAUAGCAGUUUCAGAGAAACUGCUAUGUUUAUGAAUGGGUUAAGCCUUCCCCUAUUUCCUCUCAUUGACAGCCGCUAGAGGCGCUUGCGUGCUUCUCACUGUGAUUUUCACAGUGAGAGCACGCAAGCGUCCAUAGGAAAGCAUUAUGAAUGCUUUCCUAUGUGACCGGCUGAAGGCGCGCGCAUUCAGCCGACGGGGAGGAACGGAGGAGGAGAGCUCCCCGCCCAGCGCUGGAAAAAGGUAAGUUUUAACCCCUUUACCCUUUCCAGUUUAACAACAGCCAAUGAUUUAUUCAUUGAAAGGAAUGGUGAAAAUUAAGAAAAGUGGACUGCAUAUUUUAAGUCAAAAUAAGCCACCCCUCUCCUCCCACCCCAAUUUUGCCAGAAAUGUGCCUUGUGAAUUCUCCACAUUUCCUGGUUAAGUUAAUGCUAACUUUUAUUAAAGUUUGGCUAAGUACCCACACAGUUGACUGUAGAGAUAUUACUGUGACAUGCUAUGUGGCUGCAUUGAAAUUGUCACAUAGCUUGUGUAUUUUUACCCAAUUCGGACUAUAAAGUAGGAGCAAUCUUUUGUCUUAUGAUCUGCAGGAUGUGAACAAGCAGAGCUGACAGGAAAACGCCUGGCAAGUUUAGGACUGAAAUAUGACCAGAUCAUUCAUUCUUCCAUGACCAGAGCCAAAGAGACAACCGAAAUCAUCAGCAAAUAUCUACCAGGUGAAGGCAAUAUAAAAUGCCAAAAUUGAAUAUGUCUGUAUUUACAUUCUGGAACAGGGAAUUUAUAGAACCAUUUUUUUUCUUUUUGUAAAGACAUUGAAUUUUUCAAAGGUCUUACUAAGGAAUUGCACUAGCAACUGUUAGCCUGCCCGCCUGAAGCAAGAUUUCUCUAUUUAUCGUUUUAGUGAUUUUGACAAGUAUCGCUACGUCUUGCAUGUCUCAGUAAAGGGAGGUCUGUAUUCUGAAACGUUUCAGAACCAUAUGUUGCUUUCUGAAUCGUUCCGUAGAUCACAGAAGAAAAGAAAACCCAUAUCGGUUAUAAAUCGAAGUCUAUACAGUGCAAGAAUAGAUUGGUUAAAAAAAAAAAAAAAAAAGACAGAAUAUUUGUAUUUAUUUUGUAACUGCUUUUAAUUCUGUGUUACUUUUCUUUUCAGAAUAAAUAAAUGCAGGUCUGUCAUUUUUAUAUAAUAUUAUUUUGUUAAGUCUUUUCUUUACCCUUGGAACUUAACAUAAUGAGCAGAAGUGACACGUUCUUUACAUUUUGCUCUAUGGGACAUACAACUCCAUGACAUGAAAAACAAAUGCCCCAGUUCUUUGUAGGUCCACAGAAUCACUGACCAUGCCCCUGCAACAGUUUUUCUGCAGAAUCAUGGUAUAACAGGAGAGAAUUGUACUUCAUUUUAUAACUCUGCAAAGUGGGUGGCAAUACUGGAUAUGUGCAGUCUGCCACACAUUUAACACUUACAACAAUUAAUUUAUACAUUGUGCUUACAAAACUGCAAAAAGGGAAUAUUGGCUGAAAACCUAUGAAAUGCAUAUGUGUUUGUGUAGAUAGUGCCAUUUUCACAUGGUAUUAAUUUUUACUCGAUAUAGGUGUGACAAAAAAGAGCACAGACAUGCUUCGCGAAGGUGCUCCCAUACGACCAGAGCCUCCAGUCUGUCAUUGGAAGCCAGAUGUUGUGGUAAGAGUUGUCCACAGCUCCCAGAAGUUUUAACCUGUUAAAUCAUGUUUGCUUAAAGAACAUUACUUAUGCACUGUGCUGUAAUGAUCCAGGAUGAGGUGCUGGUAUGUGUCGGGCAAAUAAAAUUGUUCUUGUUGGUAAUUUUAUUAUCUUUAGCAGUAUUAUGAGGAUGGAGCUCGCAUUGAAGCAGCAUUUAGAAACUUCAUUCACCGUGCAGAACCUAAGCAGGAAGAAGACAGUUAUGAGAUUAUAAUCUGCCAUGCCAAUGUCAUUCGCUACAUAGUAUGCAGGUAACAAGAUACUCCACAUUCUCUUACGAUGUUACUAGAGUAUUGCUUUCAUGGGAUUGUUCAGCACUAAAUUUGAAUGUGGAUGUUCAUGUAACAAUGUCAUUGAAUCUCAUUGCAGUCAUAUUUACCUGUGAGAGUCAGUUUUAGAUUUCAUAAACAAAUGGAAAAAGUCUCAUUUAUAUGUGUUUUAGUUCUUAUCCUUAGUUGAGUAUGAUGCAUAAAUUUAAUAAUUUUGGAAUUGGUUAUUGAAAGAUGGUGUAACUUUUCUAAAGUCCACCCAUUCAACUUUGGAUGGAUGGAUAUAUAUAUAUAUAUAUAUAUAUCUAUCUCUCUAUCCAAUCAGAUUUGCACAGUUAUCACACGUCGUUACUAUAUUACACUCAUUUAGACUGAUUUAAUCCCUCUCUUUUCUGAAGCUGCCAGGAUAUCAGUCUAAAUGAGUUUAAUAUAGAAGAGAGUGAUUAAAUCAAAGGUGACCAGGAUAAUUAUAUAAAUCAUUUAUAAUUUAACUGUGAAAUACUCUAACGUUAAAAGCAGUUUUAUUGUUUUUACCAAAGUGACUAAUUGAUUUUAAAUAUAUCUCUGAGAAUUCAAGGAUGAAGUACCAGAAGUUGCUUGUGGCUGGAUGACAACUCAUAAUCAAAGUUUAGCUAAAAUAGCUGUGGGGCGAUGUUCAGCUGGAAUAUUUUGGCGUGUUGGUAGUCUUCCUGGGCACUUAUUUUACCAGACAUCAAGCAAACCUGAUUUCCUAUGUCAGUAAUACUUCUUUUCUUGCACAGGGCAUUACAGUUACCUCCUGAAGCCUGGCUCCGCAUGUCCCUUAAUAAUGGCAGCAUCACCUACUUAGUGAUCCGUCCCAGUGGUAACGUGGCUCUGAGAUUACUUGGGGACUCUGGCUUCAUGCCUCCUGAAAAAAUCACCCGGACUUGAUGCAAGCCCUCUCGCUAUACCCUACAGCGUCCUCACUGCCAGCCCUACAGAUACCAGUGUGACAUCUGGUGCUGCACCACAACUUACCAGCUCCGUACCCUCUCUGUGCCUUCUCCUAGGGUUAAAUCUUCUUUUAAGCAGGGGGUGGACACUUCUUUUUACUGUAAUCUUUUGAAGGCAUUAAUAUAUUUUUAAUUAUUUAUUUUACACUGCUUGAGUAUGGAAGCACAAAUUCAUCCCAAAUGAGUUUUUUUUCCUUUCUAUAAAAGGUUUCAACGUUUAUUACGUACGUAUUGUCCUGGUAAAGUGAUAGUUUGGUCUAUUACUCUCUCUUUUUAAUGGAAUAACGUGAAUGAUGGAUAUUUUAAAAACUGUGAAUACAGUUGUACACUUUUUUUUGUUUAAACUGUGUUGUAUUCAUGUAGUAGUACAAAUGAGUUUUUUAAGACUUCUCUUUUGGCUGAUGUACCAAGCUAUAUUAAACAGUACAUGUUUGCAUGUUAUUUUGAUUUUUGGGGAUACAAAGGAAAGAUAAGACCACAAUUGACCACAGCAGUAUUUGUAACUAGAUAUCUGAAAUAGUGCUUCCUUAUAAACGAACACCAUUGGCCGUAGGAAGAACUGUUCAUAAUUAAUUAAUACCAGCAUAGCUCUAUCUUCUGCAGGUCAGAGUGUGGAUGGUUACAUCCACUGCUGUGUAUCGUUAAAGCAAAUUGUCCCAGUUCUGCAGGCAGUCUAAAUUUUGGAGAAAAUGUCUCAGAAAACGUGGUUACUUUGUCAAUAAAUGCCUUGAAAUUUUCUGCUAAUAAAGAUCUCUUCAACAGUACAGAUGCAAGUGUUUGACAAUAUCAAAGUGAUGUCAGGUUUGUAAUGAGCCUAUGUUUGCUCCCUCACUGCUGUCCAUGUGCAGCGUUUCCCCCUAGACAUGAAUGCAUUCAUACUGAACAGCUUUUUAUUUAGGUGCCUAUUCAUAUCUACGGAAGAAGGAAGCAUUUUAUAUCAAAACAGUUUGUGGAAACACUGGACAUCAAUAGAGGUGUUUGCUGCAAAUUUUUUUAUUUCCAUGCCUUGGUUGGUAGCUUACAUUCUCGAGUACCCCUAAAAGGUAUUUUCUUAGUAAAACAGGUGCUUUAAUUACAGAGGUCUUUUGCUAAAUGCCAAAUUUGCUAAUUCUUAUAUUGCUCAAUUUGCCUGCAUUCAGUUGAUACAUAUUUUGAGCUUUAGUGAAGUCAUAAAAAAUUGGAUUCUAACUUAAUUGAGAUAAAUGCAUCCUGUUGCUGCCCUGAAAUUCAUUUGAAAAUAGCUUAAUUGUAUUGCACUGCUGAAAGGGGGGGGAGGGGAGAUGCUAAGGAAAGAUUUAUGGUUGGGUUAUUUUUUUUAUAGAAGUAAUGAAGGUUGGUGGUAACAUGAUGGAGCGGAGAGCUUAGAGUUAUAGCUGCAAUUUCCCUGCCCUGGUCUUUAUCUGGCUAAUUGAUCCAACCAGACAAAAUAAUUUUCAAUUUGACUCUGUGAACAGCAAAAUC